UUAUUUUGUUGCCAUUUAUACUGAUUAAUACUAUAGUUAGCUAACAAAUAUGUCAAUAUAUGUGUGUUGAAGUUUGUUGUAGCAACACACGCGCGCGCAUUGCAUUUAUUUCGAAAGCGACAACCGGAAGCAACCGCUACGCGCCCAUAGAGGCGAUACUACUACCGCAAGUCUGCUGGUCCAGCUAGCCGCCGGGAAAGCAUCCAUCCGGGGCGUUGUUUCGUGUGAGAGUGCGCCUCCCCUGGAAGUGUGUCAGCGUGGACCUAAAACGCAGGGAAGGGCGUCAGAACUAAAGCCAUGACUACCACGACGGCGGCGCCGGCGAUGGCGCGCAUCCUCAUCAAGGGCGGCAAGGUGGUGAACGACGACUGCACCCUGGAGGCCGACGUCUACAUCGAGAACGGCAUCAUCCAGCAGGUGGGCAAGGAGCUGAUGAUCCCCGGCGGCGCCAAAGUGAUCGACGCCGCCGGGAAGCUGGUGCUCCCGGGCGGCAUCGACACCAGCGUCCACCUGGAGGAGACCUUCAUGAACGCCACCACGGCCGACGACUUCUACAGCGGCACAAAGGCUGCUUUAGCCGGCGGCACCACCAUGGUGAUGGCGCACGUUCUGCCCGAGAAGAACGAGUCUUUGCUGGACGCCUACGAGAGGUGCCGUGGCUCGGCGGACGCCAAAGCCUGCUGCGACUACGGGCUGCACGUGGGAGUGACCUGGUGGGGAGGCAAGGUGCGUGCCGAGAUGGAGAAGCUGGUAAGGGAGAAAGGCGUGAACUCCUUCCAGAUGUUCAUGGCCUACAAGGACAUGUUCAUGCUGAGGGACAGCGAGCUCUUCCAGGCCAUGCAGCACUGCAAGGACAUCGGCGCCAUCGCCAGAGUCCACGCCGAGAACGGCGAGCUGGUGGCUGAGGGAGCAAAGGAAGCGUUGGAGUUGGGCAUCAGUGGCCCCGAGGGCAUUGAGAUCAGCAGGCCUGAAGAGCUGGAGGCGGAGGCGACCCACCGGGCCAUCACCAUCGCCAACAGGGCUCGCUGCCCCAUCUACCUGGUCAACGUGUCCAGCAUGGCGGCAGGAGACGUGGUGGCCACCGCCAAGAUGCAGGGUCGGGUGGUCCACGGGGAGACGACCACGGCCCACGCCGUGCUGAAUGGCGCCCAGUACUACCACCAGGACUGGGCCCAGGCUGCGGCACACGUCACCCUGCCUCCCCUGCGCCUCGACCCCAACACGCCCAGCUACCUCCUCAGCCUGCUGGGGAACGACACCCUGAACGUCCUGGGCUCCGACCACCGCCCCUUCACCACCAAACAGAAAGCGAUGGGCAAGGACGACUUCACCAAGAUCCCGCACGGGGUCCCGGGCAUCGAGGACCGCAUGAGCGUCAUCUGGGAGAAAGGAGUGAUCGGAGGCAAGAUCGACGAGAAUCGCUUUGUCGCCGUCACCAGCUCCAACGCCGCCAAGAUCUACAACCUGUACCCCAGGAAGGGAAGGAUCAUCCCGGGGGCGGAUGCUGACGUGGUGGUCUGGGACCCAGAGGGCUCCAAGACCAUCUCUGUGGAGAACCAAGUCCAGGGUGGAGACAUGAACCUCUACGAAGGUCUUCGUUGUCACGGCGUUCCGUUGGUGACCAUCAGCCGGGGUCGGCUGGUCUACGAGAGCGGCAUGUUUACCUGCGCCGAGGGCUCCGGGAAGUUCUGCCCGCUGAGGACCUUCCCAGACUACCUUUACAAGAAGAUGGUUCAAAGGGAAAAGUGCCAGGCGGCGAAGCGGGUGGAGAGGGAACCGUACCAGGGCGACGUGGUGGCGGUGGCAAACGCCGGGAAGAGGGACGUGGGCGCCUCGGACCUGGACACCCCCACGCGCCCCAGCACCCGCCACGGCGGCGUGAGGGACCUCCAGGAGUCCAGCUUCAGCCUGUCCGGUGCUCAGAUCGAUGACAAGAUCCCCAAGAGAUCCUCAGCCAGGAUCCUCGCGCCUCCUGGUGGACGCUCCAGCGGCCUCUGGUAAAGAUACCCCCUCACCCCCUGAGGACAUCCGAGCAAAACAAGCUUUCAUUAAAACACUCAUGCAUUUAUUUAAAACAUUUUUUUUUUUAAACCCAGCCCAGUUUCUUCCGGCUCUGAAGCAUAAAAUCUUUAGUCAUAUCAAAGUUUGGAUGAAGGACUUUCAGUCCCAUUCCAAAUAGUAGCAAACGUCCAUUCUUGCUCUGAUGCACGCUGCACUCUUACAUGCCUUUUGUACUUCAUUUUAGCUGCACUUGCUAGAACUGUGACAAGUUGUCAUGUGACUCGGCAGUCCAAGGACAACACGGUGCAAUGUUUAUUGUGUGAAUGCUCCAAAACAUUCACACACCUAAAUUCAUCUAUUUAUUAUUAUUAUCUUCUUCUCAAGAUUUUGGCGCUCUCUACCUUCCACAUUUUUCACCCGACUCAAAGCGUUCCCAUUUCAAACUGUUCAGCCUAUUCGGGAAUCGCGGGCUUUCCCUUGACAAAUUGCAAAAAUUCCCAUAUUUGCCAUAAUUCCAGAUUUUCCGGAACAUUUUUCCCAUUCAAAAUUAAUUGGCCAUUUUUCAAACUUCCGCCAUUUCCACGUUUCCACCGAUUCAAACCAUUCCACCUUCAAAACAUUCCACCAUCCUGGAAAUUCCAACUACCCUUUUUCCAAGUUCAAAAAAAUUCCAGGAUUUUCAAGAAUUCCCGGUUUUCCAAAGCCCUAUUUCCACCCUUUUUUCUGGCGACUACUCCUCCCACAUUUUUCAACCCACUUCAACCGUUCCACCGUCAAAACAUUCCUCUUAAUCAGGACAAAAAACAAAGUUGUUUUUUGAACUGAAAAAAAUCCCAGUUUUCCCGUUAUUCCAGGAAUUCCGUAAUAUCAUUUCUCAAUUCAACAUGUUACUACUUCAACAUUUCUCGACCGAUUUGGAAAAACUCCAACUGUUCAGCCUAUUUGGGAAUCGCAAACUUUCCUUUGACAAAUUCCAAAAAUUCCCAGAAUUCCAGGUUUUCCUGGACAUUUUUCCCAUUUAAAAUGAAUUGGCCAUUUUUCAAACUUACACCAUUUCCAAAUUUUUCAACCGAUUCAAACCAUUCCAUCUUCAACAUAUUCCACCAUCCUGGAAAUUCCAACUACCCUUUAUCCAAGUUAAAAAAAAUUCCAGGAUUUUCAAGAAUUCCCGGUUUUCCAAAGCCCUAUUUCCACCCUUUUUUCUGGCGACUACUCCUCCCACAUUUUUCAACCCACUUCAACCGUUCCACCGUCAAAACAUUCCUCUUAAUCAGGACAAAAAAACUAAGCUGUUUUUUGAACUGGAAAAAUUCCCGGUUUUCCAGGAAUUCCAGGAAUUCCGUAAUACUAUUUCUCAAUUCAACAUGCUAAUAUUUCAAUAUUUCUCGACCGAUUUGAAAAAUUCCAACUUCAAACUGUUCAGCCUAUUCGGGAAUCGCAAACUUUUCCCUUGAAAAAUUCUAAAAAUUCUCAGAUUUCCCAGAAUUCCAUGUUUUCCGGGACAUUUUUCCCAUUCAAAAUUAAUUGGCCAUUUUUCAAACUUCCGCCAUUUCCACGUUUCCACCGAUUCAAACCAUUCCACCUUCAAAACAUUCCACCAUCCUGGAAAUUCCAACUACCUUUUUUCCAAGUUCAAAAAAAUUCCAGGAUUUUCAAAAAUUCCCAGUUUUCCAAAGCCCUAUUUCCACCCUUUUUUCUGGCGACUACUCCUCCCACAUUUUUCAACCCACUUCAACCGUUCCACCGUCAAAACAUUCCUCUUAAUCAGGACAAAAAAAACUAAGCUGUUUUUUGAACUGGAAAAAUUCCCGGUUUUCCAGAAAUUCCAGGAAUUCCGUAAUACUAUUUCUCAAUUCAACAUGCUAAUAUUUCAAUAUUUCUCGACCGAUUUGAAAAAUUCCAACUUCAAACUGUUCAGCCUAUUCGGGAAUCGCAAACUUUUCCCUUGACAAAUUCCAAAAAUUCUCAGAUUUCCCAGAAUUCCAUGUUUUCCGGGACAUUUUUCCCAUUCGAAAUGAAUUGGCCAUUUUUCAAACUUCCGCCAUUUCCACGUUUCCACCGAUUCGAACCAUUCCACCUUCAAAACAUUCCACCAUCCUGGAAAUUCCAACUACCCUUUUUCCAAGUUCAAAAAAAUUCCAGGAUUUUCAAGAAUUCCCGAUUUUCCAAAGCCCUAUUUCCACCCUUUUUUCUGGGGACUACUCCUCCCACAUUUUUCAACCCACUUCAACCGUUCCACCGUCAAAACAUUCCUCUUAAUCAGGACAAAAAAAACUAAGCUGUUUUUUGAACUGGAAAAAUUCCCGGUUUUCCAGAAAUUCCAGGAAUUCCGUAAUACUAUUUCUCAAUUCAACAUGCUAAUAUUUCAAUAUUUCUCAAGCGAUUUGAAAAAUUUCAACUUCAAACUGUUCAGCCUAUUCGGGAAUUGCAAACUUUUCCCUUGACAAAUUCCAAAAAUUCUCAGAUUUCCCAGAAUUCCAUGUUUUCCGGGACAUUUUUCCCAUUCAAAAUUAAUUGGCCAUUUUUCAAACUUCUGCCAUUUCCACGUUUCCACCGCUUCAAACCAUUCCACCUUCAAAACAUUCCACCAUCCUGGAAAAUCCAACUACCCUAUUUCCAAGUUAAAAAAAAUUCCAGGAUUUUCAAGAAUUCCCGGUUUUCCAAAGCCCUAUUUCCACCCUUUUUUCUGGCGACUACUCCUCCCACAUUUUUCAACCCACUUCAACCGUUCCACCGUCAAAACAUUCCUCUUAAUCAGGACAAAAAAACUAAGUUGUUUUUUGAACUGGAAAAAUUCCCAGUUUUCCAGAAAUUCCGUAAUACUAUUUCUCAAUUCAACAUGCUAAUAUUUCAAUAUUUCUCGACCGAUUUGAAAAAUUCCAACUUCAAACUGUUCAGCCUAUUCGGGAAUCGCAAACUUUUCCCUUGACAAAUUCCAAAAAUUCUCAGAUUUCCCAGAAUUCCAUGUUUUCCGGGACAUUUUUCCCAUUCAAAAUUAAUUGGCGAUUUUUCAAACUUCCGCCAUUUCCACGUUUCCACCGAUUCAAACCAUUCCACCUUCAAAACAUUCCACCAUCCAGGAGAUUCCAACUACCCUUUUUCCAAGUUAAAAAAAAUUCCAGGAUUUUCAAGAAUUCCCGGUUUUCCAAAGCCCUAUUUCCACCCUUUUUUCUGGCGACGACUCCUUCCACAUUUUUCAACCCACUUCAACCGUUCCACCGUCAAAACAUUCCUCUUAAUCAGGACAAAAAACAAAGUUGUUUUUUGAACUGAAAAAAAUCCCAGUUUUCCCGUUAUUCCAGGAAUUCCGUAAUAUCAUUUCUCAAUUCAACAUGUUACUACUUCAACAUUUCUCGACCGAUUUGGAAAAACUCCAACUGUUCAGCCUAUUUGGGAAUCGCAAACUUUCCUUUGACAAAUUCCAAAAAUUCCCAGAAUUCCAGGUUUUCCUGGACAUUUUCCCCAUUCAAAAUGAAUUGGCCAUUUUUCAAACUUACACCAUUUCCAAAUUUUUCAACCGAUUCAAACCAUUCCAUCUUCAACAUAUUCCACCAUCCUGGAAAUUCCAACUACCCUUUUUCCAAGUUCAAAAAAAUUCCAGGAUUUUCAAGAAUUCCCGGUUUUCCAAAGCCCCAUUUCCAACCUUUUUUCUGGCGACUACUCCUCCCACAUUUUUCAACCCACUUCAACCGUUCCACCGUCAAAACAUUCCUCUUAAUCAGGACAAAAAAAACUAAGCUGUUUUUUGAACUGGAAAAAUUCCCGGUUUUCCAGAAAUUCCAGGAAUUCCGUAAUACUAUUUCUCAAUUCAACAUGCUAAUAUUUCAAUAUUUCUCGAGCGAUUUGAAAAAUUCCAACUUCAAACUGUUCAGCCUAUUUGGGAAUCGCAAACUUUUCCCUUGACAAAUUCCAAAAAUUCUCAGAUUUCCCAGAAUUCCAUGUUUUCCGGGACAUUUUUCCCAUUCAAAAUGAAUUGGCCAUUUUUCAAACUUCUGCCAUUUCCACGUUUCCACCGAUUCAAACCAUUCCACCUUCAAAACAUUCCACCAUCCUGGAAAUUCCA